AUGUUUCUAUUUGAGGUCUAUGUUUUCCUUGUAUUAUUUUAUUCCUCCUCUGGUCUGAAGCUUGCGAUUGCAUCGGCUGAUCCCAAAAUUCUGGGAGGUGACGACGCACCAGACGGCGCUAUAAAAUAUCAGGUGUCCCUCCAAAAUGUGGGUAGCCACUUUUGUGGUGGAUCCAUCAUAGAUAAAAAAUGGGUGGUCACGGCUGCUCAUUGUACAUAUAACCGACCAGCCCAAUCUUUCAAAGUAGCGGUGGGAAUCAAUAAACUGUCAGACGAAGGACAAAAAUAUACACCUGAUAAGGUGAUCGUCCACGAAAAGUUUGACGAGAAAUUAUUCACAAAUGAUAUAAGCCUUGUAAAAAUCGAGUCCGGUAUAGAACUUAAUGAUAGAGUUAAUCCAGUGGGAUUGCCUACAACUAACAUCAAUCCAGGAGAUACACUGGUAUUAACAGGAUGGGGCAGGAUAAGUAACGAUGGUCCGCUACCAAAUAAACUUCAGAUUGUUGAAGUAACUGCUAUAACAACUAAUCAAUGCAAGAAAAAAUAUAGCUUUUACAAGCAGCCGAUUACGCCUAAACAUCUUUGCACACGCGCGCCACCUCGAGAAGGAAGCUGUCAGGGAGAUUCUGGCGGCCCUUUAGUAAGGAAUGGAACUCUUGCUGCCCUGGUUUCCUGGGGGACAAGAAACUGUGGGCACAGCUUAGUGUCUCCCGAUGUCAAUACUAGAGUCUAUUCUUUCGUCAAUUGGAUGAAAGAUACGAUGAAAAAGAAUUAA